CAGCAUCAGUUGCUCAGCAGCAUUCCAAACGAACAGAUCACACAGGGUCCUCACAGCGAUCGUGAGAAAAUCAUACAAUAUUCCGACAAAAAUCAGUACGACAACAUGGUGUUCAACUUGAUGAACCAGACAUGCAAAGUGUGCGGCGAGCCGGCGGCGGGCUUCCAUUUUGGCGCCUUCACCUGCGAGGGCUGCAAGUCCUUCUUCGGCCGAUCGUAUAACAACAUCAGCACCAUCAGCGAGUGCAAGAACGAGGGCAAGUGCAUCAUCGACAAGAAGAACCGCACCACCUGCAAGGCGUGCCGCUUGAGGAAGUGCUACAACGUGGGCAUGUCCAAGGGAGGAUCCCGCUACGGCCGUCGCUCCAACUGGUUCAAGAUCCACUGCCUGUUGCAGGAGCACGAGCAGGCGGCAGCGGCGGCGGGCAAGGCGCCACCCACAGCGGGUGGUGUGUCGGUGGGUGGUGGCCCGUCGGCCUCCUCGCCAGUCGGUUCGCCACACACCCCCGGAUACGGGGACAUGGCCGCCCAUCUGCACCAUCACCAUCAGCAGCAGCAGCAGCAGCAGGUGCCGCGCCACCCACACAUGCCCCUGUUGGGCUAUCCCAGCUACUUGCCCGAUCCUGCCGCCGCCCUGCCCUUCUUCAGCAUGAUGGGGGGCGUGGCCCCGCACCAGUCGCCCUUCCAGCUGCCCCCGCACCUCCUCUUCCCCGGCUACCAUGCCAGUGCGGCUGCUGCAGCGGCCUCGGCCGCGGAUGCCGCCUACCGCCAGGAGAUGUACAAGCACCGCCAGAGCGUGGACUCCGUGGAGUCGCAGAACCGCUUCAGUCCCGCCAGCCAAACGCCGGUGGUGCAGCCCACCUCCUCGGCCCGCCAGUCGCCCAUCGACGUCUGCCUGGAGGAGGAUGUCCAGUCGGUCCAUAGCCACCAGUCGUCCGGCAGCCUCCUGCAUCCCAUUGCCAUCCGAGCCACGCCCACCACGCCGACCAGCAGCCCCCUGAGUUUUGCGGCCAAGAUGCAGAGCUUGUCGCCGGUGUCGGUGUGCUCCAUUGGUGGCGAGACCAGCAGCGCUGCUCCAGUGCACCCCACCUCAGCCACCGCCCAAGAAGGACCCAUGGACCUGAGCAUGAAGACCUCGCGCAGUUCGGUGCACAGCUUCAACGACAGCGGCUCCGAGGAUCAGGAGCUGGAGGGCCCCCGGCGCAAGUUCUACCAGCUGGAGGCCGAGUGCCUGACCACCAGCAGCAGCAGUUCCUCCCACUCCGCCCACAACGCCGCCAACGCCCAUGCGGAGGUCAAGCGCCAGAAGCUGGGUGGUGCGGAGGCCACCCACUUCGGGGGCUUCGCGGUGGCCCACAAUGCGGCCAGUGCCAUGAGGGGCAUUUUCGUGUGUGUCUAAGUACACGGCGAAAAAUGUCGAGUGGGAGGAGCCGCCCCGAAAACCCUCGUUUUUUUUUUUUGUUACUUAAAAGAAAAUGUAAAUUUUUGCUCGUGUGCUCGCUCACACUUUGAGGAGGUGAAAGAGACAGGGACAGACAGGUUUCGCUGGAAAGAGACAGCUAGACCAGGUAGUUGCAUUGCACUCGCACUCGCACACUUGCAUACACACACCAACACGCACACACACACACACUCACCUAUUGAGCUCAGAUCCAAAAAUUAUUUUUAUGAAAACGUUAAAAUUGUAAAUAUAUCUUUGAGCUUGUUUGCAAUUGUAUUUUAAAGAUAGCCAGCGGAAGAGCUGUAGAAGUAGUUACCAUUCCCACCCUCGAAAUGCUAUUGUACAUAAAAAUUGUUAAGUCUAAGCAUGAUCUUUAUUGUGUCUAAGUAUUUUAUUAUAUUUAAGUCCUAGUUACCGUACGUCCUUAGAUUGGCUUUUAGUUUUAUAAAAUGAAAAAUAAAAACUAUCAAAAAUUAA